AUGCAUCGCCUUCGCCGGCUGGCGCUUUGCAGAGGAUGUUCCUCUUCAUGGCGCCCAGCUGGUGCAAGGUUGUCGACAUCUUCGGAGGGCCACCUCCCGGCGAUCGCGAAGCUCAGGAAUUCCAAAGAGCACCUGUCUUUCUUCAUCAGCUUCCGCGACAAAUUGGGGCCAAGGGAGGUGUGCUACUUGCUCAAAAGUCUCUGGCAAAAGGUGGAGCUGGAGCAUGAGAGCGAUGUACUGUCCGCAAGGAAGGCGCUGUUCAACGAUCCUGACUUCAUAGCCAUCCUCAAGGAUGUGCUGUUCAAGCUGAAUCGUUACGCUGCGCGGGAGUUGCCGGACUUGGUUCAUGUCCUGCACCAUAUGACCUGGAACGAUAAGCACCUGUUUAAGAUCGUGGAGCCACGCUUGAUUCAAGAGCUGCCAUCGGUGAACCUCGAGGACAUCCCCCGCGUCGCUGAGAGUUUCGUGGGCGUGGGAUGUGGGAGCCGAGUGCUCUUCCAGGAGCUGAUCCACUUGAGCCUCCAGGCCGCCCAGCACUUCUCUGCCCAGCAGGUGGCCUCUCUGGUAACCUCCUUUUCACGGUCGCCGCACAAGCCGAAGGCAUUUCUGAUCGGCUUCUGUCCGACCGUGGCAGCCAAUCUGAACAACUUUGAUGCAGCAGAGCUCACGAAGGUCGUCGUUGCUUAUUCCGAGUGGCCCGGUGAGGUUUCUACCGACUUCAUGGAGCAAGUCAUGGAGGUGCUGUGCUUCGGUAGCUCAGCCAUGACGAUGAAGGAUAUGUCGGCGUCGAAUCUGGUGGCCGCUCUGCGGGCACUGGCGCUUUGGAGGAGUCGGUCAAAGUCUGCACGUGAGCGGCGGGCUGACGGAGAGCCGCUCUUUGCUUCGACCUUCUGCUUGGCAGCUGCGCCGAUUCGGUCCGCCUGCAGCGACUUAACCGCGGAGGAGAUGGCCCAGGCUAUGUGGGCGUUCGCCAAGACCCGGUACAUGCCCACGAAACUCUUUCUGGAUCUCCACGACGGGGUGCUGAGGUCUUUCAAAGCACUGUCGCUCGGGAGUUUGGCCUCGUGCCUGCUGAACUCUGGUCGGGCACUUUCUGGGCAACUGCGUUUCUGGGACGACUCUGAACCUGUUGUUGUGUCCGAUGGCAUUGUCCGAAUGCCAAAACUGGUGAGAGCUCCCUUUGCGGACCGCCGGCUGCUGACCGACGCGGAGACCCUUGUAGUGAGACGUCUCGGUGGUCUGAUUCCACGGGACCUGGUCUCUGUCGUGCUCGCUUACAGCCUGGCGCAUGUGGGAUCGCCAGAGCUCUACUCUGUGCUUCAGAGGGCCUGCUUAGAGAAAUGCCCGCAGUUCCCCGCCGAUCAGAUGUCCACUCUGCUGUGGAGCUUCGCGACAAUCCGUCUUGGGCCAGCCUUAGCAAAGGAGGCCCAGGUGGACCUCCUCGAGUGCCUCCCACAGCUCACGGCCCCCGCCGUCAGCGACCUCCUUUGGGCCUACUGCGCGCUGCGCCACAGAGAUCCCCACUUCUUCAAGGCUCUCUUGGGGGUCCUUUCCCCAAGCACGGUGGCCGGGAAUGCACGUUGUGCGAUGCUGUGCCCGGCACUUCUGGACAUCAAGAUCCACUUUCCGGAGAUUGAUCCUGAGGGUUUGGGUAGAUACCUCAGCUACGUGCAGCCGAGCUUCCGGGCGCUCCAGCAGCGUGCCGCUGCACCCACACAGCCCGUGGAGGAAAUCCGCAAAGCGCUGGAUGCACUGGGUAUGCGUGGAGAGGCUCAUGCAGAGGUGGACGGAUAUGUGGUGGAUGUCGUGAUCUCCGCGGCGGAUGCCUGCUUGCCGAAGCCUGUAGCCAUCCAAUACCACAGCGCCCCACGCACUUUGCAUCUCCUGACUGGGGACCCGCUGGGGCAGACGAUGAUGAAGCAGAGAUACCUCCGUGCUUGUGGCUUUUCGGUUGUGAACCUGCUGGACAGCUCCUGGGAGAGCCUUGAUGAGGAGGAACGCGUCCUGGACCUGCAAGCCAAAAUCCGGCAGGCGCGGCGCCAGCCGACUGGCAAGAGCUAUGUUGGAGCG